GUUGUGUAUGAAUUCGAUGCACGAUAAUGUCGAGACUGUAACACUAUCAUCUACAGCUUCGAUAUAAAACACAGGAGCAGCACCACUCAGAAGCGAACUUUCCACAGUUAGCACCCGCUACACUGCUGCAUCAAAGCCACUGGCAUCACAACUGCCGUCCCUUUGUAAGCUUUGCUGGUUUUUCACCAGCUCCUCACCCUUCCCCUCACCCUGACCCCUGCGAUAUGAGCAGAGGGAGAGGAGGGCCCCACAAAGAGCACUACCGAUUUACCUCGCCCCAAAAUCAGGGUAAAUACCCUUUUAGGCCUGGUUCCACCGCAGCCCCAGGUGUGUCCUUUACCCCACGUGUCCCGAAUUUCCAAAGUAACUUUAACAGGUUCCAUUCCUGUCCCAACCCUUCCACUGUGACCCCCCACCUACAGCCUUUUCCUCCAUCUCCCUCUGCUCCUCCUCUUCUCAACCGCCCUCCCACAAGCCCAGCACAUGGAGCAGCAGCUCAGAAUAGUGCAUCUGCUUUCCGGCAGCAGCAAGUGCAGUUUUUGAGGGGUCAGAGUCCAGAAGCUCCCCAGUUUAGAACGUAUCAUCAAGGUGGAUCCCAAGGUUUAGAUGGUGAGAACGGACCCUUUGCCAACCAACAGCAAGGCUGGAACAUAAAACAUCAUCCAAACAACCCCAGACAAAGGGUGGGGUACAGCAGUGACGGAGCCUGGGGUAACAGAGGGGGGUUCAGACAGCCUUUCAGUCACAGUUUCCCCAGCAGGAAGGCGGGUUGGAACCAGCAGUUAAAUCCUCGAGCUAGAACUGGGUAUCAAAACCAGAACCGGCAAAGGCAGUGUGGUUUCAAACCAGAAAACAUCAAACCAUCCUUGUCAGACCGUUUCCACAGUUUAUCCCUGGAGAGGGACAGGUUUGGCAGAGGCAGUCGUUUCUACAGAGCAUCAACUGGUGGUCAUACCAGCAGUAGUGCUGCUACAAGUGCGUCGACAGCAAGCCCUGAAAUCCAGAAACUGGUACUCAAUUAUCUGUCUUUGUUAAGUCCAGGCGAAACACUCCAGGCGAAAGGUCUUGCGAAAAAACUCCACCAACCUAAAAAAGUCGUCAACCAGGCACUGUACGCACUCCAUCGUUUGCAAAAGGCAGAGAAGCAAGGCGAUACUCCUCCUCUUUGGAGUCUGCGGAGAGAGACACAGGGGGAGAAGGACAGCAGCUGUGCUGAGGAGAGGGACGCUGCAAUAUCUGCAGGUGCAGAGAAUAUCUCAGAUGUACAAGAAGAGAGGGAAGUGAUAGUGGAGGCUGUCUCUGAAACCAGCACUGAGAGUGAACAAGCACCCGACAAAUACACUGAAUCAGACUCAGAAUCGGACUCUUCUGAAACUUCAGAUUCUGAUCAGGAACAGCCUCUUCACACUAACAAAGCAAGUAACUUUGUCAUCAUGACAGAUACCAAAGACCAGAUUCUCCAGUACCUUCAUGAACUGGGUAAAGUCAAUUCUCUCUUACUGGCGAAGAAACUUGGCCUCAAAACUGCAAAGCAGGUCAACCCCACUCUGUAUGCCCUGGAGAAGCAAGGCGAAGUUUGUCGCGACUCGUCAAUCACCCCUCCUCUCUGGGAACUGUCGAAUCAUAAGAGAGAGAGGAUGGACAGACAUAAGAAAGCCACUCAAAGUGCUCCUGCUGAAGGUGCAGCACUACCACCUGGGUGCAGCGUGGAAGGGGAAGAUGACACGAAUGGAGCGCAUUCUCAGUGGGCUUCAGACGACAUUCCCGAGUUUCUGAAUGCCAUCAGAACUGGGUCAGAGGGCACAGUGGCUGUGUCCCUCGCGGCAGCACCACAAAACCAGGGGUCGAGCCGCCUGCAGAAGCUUCAGGAGGUUCGAUCCAAAAAUCCAGUCAGUGGCCUGAUGGAGUUUGCCCAGCAUUUGGGUCAGAACUGUGAGUUCUUGCUUCUGGACCAGUCCGGACCUUCACAUGACCCCAGAUUCAGAAUGCAGGUCAUGCUGGAUGGUCGCAGGUUUCCCGUGGCAGAGGCGUCCAGCAAGAAGGUGGCUAAGAAGGAUGCAGCUGCCGCGGCACUGAAGAUCCUGCUGAGAGAAGUGGAGGGGGGAGGGGGAAAGGAGGAGGAGGAAGGCAGUGCUGCUGAGAUGGACAUCGCCAUUGAUCCCACUACUGACGCCACUGCUGCAGCAAAUGAGGGUCCGCCCCAGGCUUUGUCACGCUCCCUGCCCGGGGGGAAGAACCCUGUGUCUGUGCUGAUGGAGUACAGCCAGCGCAGUGGACACCCCAUAGAGUUCAUCAACACUGGACAGGAGGGGCCCCCUCACGAUCCACGUUUUAUGUUCAGGGUGAAGGUGGGGGAGAAUCUUUGCCCCCAGGCCUCUGCCCCGAGUAAGAAGGCUGCCCGCCAGCUAGCUGCAGAAGAGGCGGUGAAGGAGCUGCUGGGAGAUGGGAGACUGCAGAUCAACAAGCCCCAGGUGAGCUUCUGCCCCAUCGGGGAGGAUGAGAACUGUCCUGCGGUGCCCCCCUGCCCCUCCCUCCCCCCACUGACGGCGGCGGAGCUGCAGGCCGCCCACGAGGCCGGGGUGGGCGACCUCAUCAACCACCUGAACAACAACGCUGUGUCGGGGCUGCUGGAGUACGCCCGCGCCCGGGGCUUCGCCGCCGAGAUCCGUCUGGUGGGCCAGUCCGGCCCCCCCCACGAACCCCGGUUCACGUAUCAGGCGAAGCUCGGGGGCCGCUGGUUCCCGCCGGUGUGCGCCAGCAACAAGAAGCAGGGGAAGCAGGAGGCGGCGGACGCGGCCCUGAGGGUGCUGAUCGGAGAGGCGGAGAAGGCGGCUCGCACAGGGGAGCUCACCCCGGAGCUCCCGGUGAGUGGCAGCACGCUGCACGACCAGAUCGCCAUGCUGAGCCACCAGCGCUUCAACGCCCUGACCACCCGCAUCCAGCACAGCCUGCUGGGACGCAAGAUCCUGGCCACCAUCGUCAUGAGGAAGGGGGACAGCCUGGGGACCGUGGUCAGCCUGGGCACCGGAAACCGCUGUGUCAAAGGCGAAGAAUUGAGCCUUAAAGGGGACACGGUGAACGACUGCCACGCAGAAAUCAUUUCCAGGAGGGGAUUUAUCAGGUUCCUCUACAGCGAGCUGAUGAAGCAGAACGCAGGUGGGGAGGAGAGCAUAUUUCAGCCCGCGGAGGAUGGCAAGCUCAGGAUUAAGCCUGAGGUGACCUUUCACCUCUACAUCAGCACUGCCCCCUGUGGAGACGGCGCCCUGUUUGACAAGUCCUGCAGCGAGGCAGCCGAGGGGGCGGGGAGCACGCACCAGCCGCUGUUCGAGAACGCCAAGCAGGGAAAGCUGAGGACCAAGGUGGAGAACGGGGAGGGCACCAUCCCGGUGGAGUCGAGCGCCAUCGUUCCCACGUGGGACGGCAUCCAGCAUGGGGAGAGGCUCCGCACCAUGAGCUGCAGCGAUAAGAUCCUGCGCUGGAACGUGCUGGGGCUGCAGGGGGCGCUGCUGAGCCAUUUUCUGCACCCCGUUUACCUCCACUCAAUCACUUUGGGCUACUUAUACAGCCAUGGGCACCUGACCCGGGCUGUGUGCUGCCGACUGGCCAGAGAAGGGCAUGACUUCAAAACGAGCCUCCCGCCUAACUUUACCCUCAACCACCCGGAGGUUGGCCGGGUCAGUGUGUAUGACUCCACGCGGCACACGGGCAAGACCAAGGAGUCCAGCGUUAACUGGAGCCAGGCUGACCACAUCAAUGUUGAGGUGCUGGACGGGACCAAGGGCAAAGUGGACGGCCCCAAACUGGACGUGUCCCGGGUCUCCAAGUCCAACAUGUACCGCCUCUUUCAGACCCUUUGCCACCAGACGGGCCGCACCGACCUUCUGGCGCUGCCCUCUUACGCCCACGCCAAGAUGGCUGCCAAGGCCUUCCAGGCAGCCAAGGCCCAGUUCUUCCAGGCUCUCAUUGCCCAUGGCUACGGGGCCUGGAUCAGCAAGCCCCUGGAGGAGAAGAGCUUCGAGGCCAGCGAUAGCUACGAGAGCAGCACAGCGCCGCAGAGCGCGGGGAAUCAGGGCAGCACGCUAACGCCGGGGGGGGGCGCCGCAGCUCUCAGCACGAAUAACAGCAGCGCUCGUAAUGCGGAGGGGCGCUAG